GUGAACAACGAUCAGUGGUCGUUGUCCCUUGCCGCGGUAGGGGACUAUUUGAACAGCAAAACCUCUCGCGCACCACACCACACCAAACCAAGAAAUCCUGUCGCGACGUUCUCUCGCGCUCUCCAUGGAUGCUGUGGAGUUGGAAGGAGGUUCUAGGACCGCAUAUCAAGUUCCAGAUGAACGAUCUGAUGAGAUCAAAGACAGAGACAGGAGUAAUUCAACUGAUGAUAACGACAUUAUGCCCAAAGUUGGGUGUUUGAGGACGGAAACGGACGAGAAGGGGAAUUUUGAUUUGCAGGUUGACGUGGUGGGAGAGCCACCCGAGCCGUCGCACCUGGUUAUUAUGGUCAACGGCAUCUUUGGCAGUGCCCAGGACUGGAGAUAUGCUGCCAAGCAGUUUCUGAACCAGUAUCCCCGAGAUGUAAUUGUUCACUGCAGUGAAUGUAAUCCUUCAAUGUUGACAUUUGAUGGUGUUGAUGUAAUGGGAGAGAGAUUAGCGGAAGAGGUUAUAUCAGUCAUGAAACGUCACCCAACCGUUCAGAAGAUAUCGUUUGUUGGCCAUUCAUUAGGAGGGCUGGUUGCUAGGUAUGCCAUUGCUAAGCUCUACGGGCAAAAUCUCUCAAGGGAAAUCUCUCAAGGAAAUGGAGCUUCCAGAACUGAUGGAUCUAGCGAAACGUGCCACGAAGAGAAGUUUAGAGGCAAAAUUGCUGGACUGGAGCCUAUGAAUUUUAUAACUUUUGCAACCCCACACCUUGGCUCGAGAGGGCAUAGACAGGUACCACUGUUUUGUGGUUUUCACAGCCUGGAAAAAGUAGCUGCUCAAACAUCAUGGCUUUUUGGUAGAUCUGGAAAACAUCUGUUUUUGACUGAUCAUGAUAAUGGAAGACUUCCUCUUCUUCUUCGGAUGGUUAGUGAUCAAGAAGACCUUAAAUUCAUCUCAGCUUUGCAAUCCUUCAGACGUCGUGUUGCCUAUGCAAAUACACGUUUCGACUAUCUUGUGGGUUGGAGUUCAGCAUCCAUUCGGCGUCGGAGUGAGCUACCUGAGAGUAAACAUCUCUCACGAGACGAUAGGUACCCCCACAUUGUACAUGUAGAGACAUCAGAAGCAGCUACCUCUGAAAAAGAAGUCUCUUAUGAGACCGAAGGCAAUGGAUGCAAAAAUCUUGACAUGGAAGAGGGAAUGAUCAGAGGUUUGACAAAAAUGAGCUGGGAACGGGUUGGUGUCAACUUCAGCGGAAUUAAACAAAGAAUUUUUGCACACGGUACCAUUCAAGUGAGAAGCUACUUGAUCAAUUCGGACGGGGCCGAUGUAAUCCAACACAUGAUAGACUAUUUUCUCCUAUGAUAACAGGUGCCAUUUCUUGUUAUAUUAGUAGAGCUACUGUUACUCUGUUUUUCAAAAUGUAUCUGACGGGACAUGCAUGGGAGGGAGGGAGGCCAUAUUGAAGUGAGCACACCAUGUUGUGCAGAGAGCUUUUUAACCUCUGUUAUUUUCAGGGGGUUGGGGGUUUUCAGUGAAAAUUAUUUAUUGUACCCAUACACGUAUAUGCAUGGUUGUAUUAUUUUACGUAUAUUAAAAAUUUCCAAAAUCUUA